AUGGAAGAGGAGGAUCCAGAAGGCAAGAGUCCUCAUCCCACCCAGGCUGGGAGUGGUGUGGAAUACUGGGAAAGAGUUGUGCCAGAGAACCUGUCUCAGUACCCUAUGACUGCAGAGAUGUGGACACCAGCUGUAAAGAUGGAAGAGAAGUUUUGUGAGGCAGAAGGAACUCCGUCAGAGGAGAGUCAGAAGACGCAGUCCCAGAAGUGUGCCCAGGAUUCCCUGUCAAAUGGCAGUGAAGAGAUGUUGCCAAGCUGUCAUCUUUGCAGUGGAGUGCAAAUGUCUGCUUCCUCUCUGGUCCAGUCUCCCUUUUCCUUUGAGGAGGUGGCUGUGCAUUUCACCAUGGCUGAGUGGGCCCUGCUGGAUCCAGGCCAAAAAGCUCUCUAUAGGGAAGUCAUGCUGGAGAAUUACAGGAAUGUGGCCUCUCUGGCAGCAGAUGUAGAGGAGACAGCUGGGGAAUUCCAGAGAUUCUCUUUAGAAAAUGUCAAGAAUGAAGAUGCCAAAGGAAACUUUGGAGAUGGAAACGGAUCACAGAAGCAGGAGGAAUGCCACAGAGGGGAUGACCAGAGGAAUGAGGAUGAGGAACUACAUCAUGUAUUGCCUGAUGAAAUCAAGAAUGAAGAUAUGAGAGGAAACUUGAGGAAUCAAAGAGGACCUCAGAGGCAGAAAGGCAGCCAUAUGAUCAAGAAGAGGGGAAAAGCCAUCCCUUGCCAAGGAAGUGAUUUCCAAGACGUCAUUCACAUGGUGGAGGAAAAAGACAACAACUUGGGAAAAAUCAAACCUUGUUCAGCACCAAAGAAUUCACUCAGGAAAAAAGCUGUUUAA